AAAAGCAAAACUGAGCAUUAAGUUAAGGUGUUGUUUUAAAAUGCUAUUGCGUGUAGAUUAUUAAUUGAUGGAAGUUUAUGGAUUACAAAUAUUUUAAUUUUUUUAGUUUUUUCAUCGCAACAACAUCUGUACGGAACGAUUUUGAUUUCAGCCCACUUUGCAUCCUCUCCAAAUCUGCAUCAUCGCUGUUGCUUGCGUGACAAUUGAGAGUUGUGGUGAAAGUUUUGGAAGUAUAUUCUAAUGGCUUAAUUUUAGAAAGAUUUGAGUAAAAAAUGUGUGCAAGAAAAAACACAAGAACCGGGGAAUCUAACUGCUGUGGAGUUGUGUUUGAACAAGUUACCUAACAGGUCAGUGGGAAGGAAAUUCCGUACCAAGGAACAAGAAGUUUUGCAAUAUGUGGCACCCACGUCAGUAGUCAAUUUAAGCCUUGCCGCGCCUGCUCGACUGGCACUGAAGAGGAUAUGCAAUACAGCGUUAUAUAAAAGAAAAAAAGAAAACACAAUUCAACCAAACUCAGCACCGUCACCUGUUUCGCAGAUUGAACGCAUUUCCGAAGAAGUAAUAGCUUCAACUUUUGUUAGCGAGGAUAAAUUUUGUGUGGAAUGUAAACGUUUUCUGUGUAUUUCGGUCCAUUUUUGAAAUCUGAAAUGUCUCUUCAAAAAUAUGGCUGGCUGGUUUCGGAAAAUUCGGGAAAAGUUCCACAAGGAUUUAAAUUCAAGUUGCAAACCUACUGGAUUUGCAUCUUCCUCUUCCUCCUCAGGCAAUAAUGAAUCUUUUUCUGCCACCCAUGGUGUUUCCAUACCACCAAACUGCUCUCAGCAAAAGCCAAAGCUGACUUGCGCGGCCCGCUGGCAGCGGGAUUAUGACUUGUGUGUAUUUCACAGUGAGGAUGAUCUCCUUGAGGUUCAGCGCCUUGUGUCAUAUCUAGAAGGACAGCCUGAAGGAAUUCGUUGUUUUUUGCAUCUAAGGGACUCUAUUCCAGGUGGGGCCAUCCCCAGCGAAUUAUGCCAGGCUGUUGGAAGUAGCCACUGCUGGGCACUUUUAAUCACUAAGAGCUUCUUGCAGGAUCCUUGGUGUAGAUACCAAAUGAAUCAGGUGUUGGCCGAAGCACCGAUGCCCGAUGGCAGAAUCAUCCCCAUUCUUCUACGACUAUCACAUUCAGAGUAUCCUCGGGAGCUUCGCUUUUUCUAUCAUAUCAACAUUACUAGAGACCAGGAGAAUGGCUACCACAAAAUUUAUAUGGCAGUGUUACAAUUUUUGGAACAAUUCUGCAAAGAGGACCACCCUACAGAAACUAUUAGUGCAAGCAGUCAGAUGUGUGGCUCUAGACUGGUUCAAAGACAGACGACAGCAGCAGAAAUCACAGAGUCAGAAUGUAGAUCAAUCAACCUCGAUGAACCAGUCACCAUGUGUCUUUCAGACAUGACAGCCACUGUUACUGAAGAUGAGAACUGGGUUUCAGAGUCAGUCCAGGCCACUGAAAAAGUACAGAAUUCCAUCUAAGGACAAGAGUUUCCCUACAUCUUCUGUGAUCACAGAUGAGUGGAAGCACACAUGAGGGACAAGAAGCAGUGCUAAUCCUGGAGAAAACCCCCUUCCGGGAAGAAACCCUCAGUGAACUGCUUAAGACGUCUGAACUAAAGUUGCAAAUGAGGAAUGACAUCUACAGCACCUACCAUUUACUCCCACAUGCUCACCUAAAUG